AUGCCGCCAUCUUAUUCCGACCCCCGGCUUCAAAACUUCACCAUUAUCGGAUCCGACGGGGUGACGCCCAUUCAAGUGUCCAUGCCCCUCAUUGACGGCAUACGGGUGCAACUGGACAAUACAUGUAUUAGCUGGAGCGUGCAGCUCGGGCUUUGCCUCAUGACGCUGCUCACGGUGCUGCUCCUGACGCCGCCCUCGCGGAUGCGCCGCGCCAUCAACGCCGUGCACAUUGCCUCCAUUGUCGUCGCGGUUGUGCGCCUCAGUCUCUUGAUUCAGUACUUUCCCGGGGCCCUGACCAGUUACUAUGUCACGUGGACCAAAGACCUCAGCGUCUUGGAACAGGAUGACUUUGAAAUGUUUGUCGCUGGAAUGGCCCUUAAUGCCCUCCAGUUUGCUUUCAUCGAGGCGGCCCUCAUCAUGCAGGCGUGGACCCUCAUCAAGUGCUGGCGGAGCGCGUGGAAGUGGGCAGUCCGCAUCACGGCCAUCAUCUUGGCCUUGGCCACCGUCGUCGUCAAGGUCUUGUGGGUGGUGCACUUUAUCCAGAUAUUGCAUAGAACAUUGCUGCCAGUAAAAAUGGACACUGUCGGUCGAACGGCGACUGUCCUGGGUGCUGCAUCCAUCUUCUUCUUUUGCGGUCUCUUCGCUACAGACCUGACGGUGCACCUUCUAGCCACAAGGUCCCUCAUCAGGAGACUCGGGAGAGGUCUGACUAAUUUGGAGAUUCUGGCGAUUGGCAAUGGAGUGCUAAUGAUAUUGCCAAGCCUAUUUGCAGGAGUGGACGUGGCGUCCGGUCUCAGUGGAUCUCAUGUUCUUCCCUUUGAUGCCGGGUCCUGGGUCAUGACGCUCGUGGUCAUUGGACUUCCCUUGACUGCCCUCAUUGCCAAGUACAGAGGACCGACGUCGACCAGCCCUUCCAACCAGGCAUCUCACCGACUGUCUCUUUUUGCCAACGGGCCGAUGCAUGUUCUCAAGCCGCACCAUUCGGGGGCCGCCGACAAUAUCACCCUCGACAGUCCGACAGGCGACAGCUUCAUGGCCUCGCGAGAUGCCACGCGCGCAAACUCCAUCAUGAGUGGCAGAAAAGCACCAAGUUAUUUCAGUAGAAACCCCGGGCCAUCACACAAUGAGGACAUGGAAAUGGGGAUUCAAGUGAGAAAGGAUGUGUCCGUGGUCUUGGGAGGACCUGACACGAACAUGCCGAGUUUAUCGAGUGACUUAUAUAACAUUGGGAGAUAA